AUGAAACGUAUAUAUAAAUCUGGGGCCGCAAAAAAGGCAGAAAGAAAUAAAAAAGCAUUAUUAGUGAUCCAAUCAUCCCCACAUCAAAAAAAAUUAAGUUUUCCUACACUGGAACAAGUGCAGCGUGUUAAGAUUGCUGAGAAUAGUACGAAAAAUACUAAACCUGAUGAAAUGCCUGAACAUACUAGUAUGGAUAAAAAUGAUACUAAACCUGAUGAAAUGCCUGAACAUACUAGUAUGGAUAAAAAUGAUACUAAACCUGAUGAAAUGCCUGAACAUACUAGUAUGGAUAAAAAUGAGACUAAACCUGAUGAAAUGCCUGAACAUUCUAGUAAGGAUAACAAUGAUUUUAAUGAAAACAAUUAUACUAAACCUGAUGAAAUGCCUGAACAUACUAGUAUGGAUAAAAAUGAUACUAAACCUGAUAAAAUGCUUGAAGACACUAGUAUGGAUAACUAUAAUUUUAAUGAAAACAAUGCAGUUAACACGGAUGAAAAUUCUAAUAUUAUGAAUUUUAUUCGCCCUUCAAGAAAUGAUUCCAUUGCUAUUAAAAAUAAUUUCUUCUCUAAGCAUCCUAUACAACCUAUAAUGACUACUAAAGGUAAACUUAAUUUUAAAAGAAUUUAUUAUAAAGAGUUGCCAAAUGGAGAAGUGGUUCAAAGAAAAUGGAUAUCCUACUGUAUAGAAACAAAUUGUUUAUAUUGUUCUAAUUGUAUGGCUUAUGGAAAGCCAGUUAAUUUUGGAGAAAAAGAAUCAAAGUUCAUAAGUGGGUAUAAAUCUGAUAUAAAAUUACAAAAAUGCCUUUAUCGUGAUAUAGUGAGACAUGAAAAUUCACUAUUCCAUCAGAAUUCAUCAUGUACUGCAGUCCGUUUUCAAUUAAAUAAAGAUAUUGAGUGUAUUAUAAAUCGUGAUGUCAUGGCAAAAAGGUCUCAAGAAGUACAAAAUCGAAGACAAGUGCUUGAACGACUAAUAGAUAUUGUUAUUUUUAUUGGUCGUCAAGGCAUCCCAUAUCGAGGUAAACAUGAAGCAGCAAAUUCUUUAAAAAAUAUUGAAGUAAACCAUGGUAAUUUUUUAGAACUAGUCAUGUUAAUUUCUAAAUAUGAUACUAUUUUAAAUCAACAUGUUAAAAUGUCAAUAACUCUUAGUGAAAAAGCUAAGUCUAAAAAAGGUCGUGGAUCUUUGAUUACAUUCAUGUCCAAAACUUUUAUAAAUAAUAACAUAAUUAUACCAAUUGGAGCAGCAAUUCAAGGUACAAUUGUUAAAGAAAUUAAAGAGUGUAUUAAGUUUAGUAUAAUGAUUGAUAGCACUCAGGAUGUAAGUGUUAUGGAUCAAUUAGCAAUAUGUGUCCGGUAUAUUUUCAAUGGUGUUGUGCAAGAACGAUUAUUAAAUUUGGUUGUUUGCCAUAACUCUAGUGGUAUUGGCCUUUUUAACUUAUUAAAAGAAGAAUUAAAAAAACUAGGAUUAGAGUUAAAUGACAUUGUUGCAUGUUCAUUUGAUGGUGCCGCCAACAUGAAAGGUAUUUAUAAUGGUUUACAGGCCCAUUUAAAAAGUGUAAAUCCAAAUAUUGUGUACACACACUGUAUGGGGCAUGUAUUAAAUUUGGUAAUGAGUGAAUGUAGUACUGACAUUAAUUUGGCUGAAGACUUAUUUGGAUUAGUAGAGCAGACGGCUGUUUUUUUAUCAGAUUCCCACAAACGAAUGGAAACUUGGACAUCUAUUACUAGUGUAAAACAUACUGGUCAUGAUAAACUUUAUAGACUCCAAAAAAUUGGUGCAACUAGGUGGUGGAGUAAAGAUAAAGCUUUAUCUUCAGUUAUGGAUUUACAACUGAACGUAGUUGAAAUUGAUAAAGAAGUCGAUAACGCCAAAUUUACCACUUUAUUUACAUUUUUAACCGCAGUUUGUCAUGGCAAUUUCAAUACACAAUCUAAGUUCAUUGCUAAAUCAUUGAUUAGUAACUGGUCAAGAUUUGAAAUUAUAUGUAUAUCUAAUUUAUUGCUUGAUAUUUAUUCAGCUACAACUCCGGUGUCAAUUUAUCUACAAACUAAAACUAUAAAUUAUUUACAAGCAUGGAAUAUGAUAGCUGCUUUAAAAAAAGAAAUUGAGAAAAAAAGAAAUGAUGAGUAUGUAUUAAAUUUAUAUAAAAAAUGUCAACAUUUUUGUAAAAAAAUAAAUAAUCACUUUUGUGAAGAAGAUUUAAUUAAUAUUGAAGAAGAUUUUCCAAUAAAACGUAUUUCAAAAAAAAAAAAACUUUCUGGGGAAAAGUGUAAUGAUGAAUCAAGAAUUAUAUCUCCAUAUAAUAAAUUUAAAUAUGAUACUUUUUUAAUUAUAGACACUAUUCAAAAUAGUAUUGAGACACGAUUCAUGAAAAAUGAAAAUUUAUUAAAAGACUUGAACUGGUUGGACCCUAGAAGUUUUGCAGUAUUUAACAACACUGAAUUAUUGCCUGUAUCAGCUUUGAGUACUAUAUGUAAAAUAUCUGGACUGAAUCAUCAAGUAAUCUUAACAGAAUUGAAACAAUUUUCCAGUCAAUAUGAAAAUUUUAUACCACAAAUACCUAAAUAUACUACCGAUUGUGAUUCAGAAGAUAAGUUACUUUUAAGAAAUGAAGAUGUGAGUGAUGAAGAUAAUGAUGAAAUAUCAAAAUCAGUAAAUUGCAAUAAGUGUAACAAAUGUAUUUACUGUGCAUUUUUAAUUGUACGAGAAUUAUCAUGCCAGUCAAAUUUAUUUUCAAAUUUAUUUGUUAUAUAUAAGUUUGCUUUGUUGUUGCCAUCAACACAAACAACUUGCGAAAGGGUAUUUUCAAAGCUUAAAUGUAUAAAAACGAAACUUCGCUCAACGUUACAUCAAAAUCACCUUACUCCAUUAAUGUUGAUGGCUAUAGAAAAAAAUAUAGCUAUUGACACUCAAAAAUUGAUAGAGACGAUAGCAUAUUCAUCUAAUGAAUUAAAAAAAUUACUUAUUUAA